AUGUCCAAGACCGACAGCCGCAGCGUCACCUUCACACCCGAGAGCCGGGACUCCAGCAUCCGCCAGUGCACCCGCUCGCCGGCCAAGAGCCGCUCACCCUCGCCCUACCCCUCCAGCAGCGAGGAGAGCGACAGCGACAGCGAAAUCGACAGCCUUCCCGUCCCGACGCCGCUCUUCACAGGUGAGUACCGCACGCCUCUCCGCGAGCGCGUACAAAAGAUGCCCGAAGCAGCAGACUCCAACACCACCGCCGCACGCCCCGGCACGCCGCUCCCUAAACGCAGCAGCAGCAGCCUGCGAACCCCGACCCUCCCCUCGCUCCCCAGCGUGCGCGAAUGUCCCGACGCGCCCACCAAGAAAGGUAAGGUAUUCGACCUGCGCCGGCAGUUCGCUCAGGACAGCGGCAGUGCCGACAAGGAGGACGUUCUGCUUGAUCGCCGGGCGAACAAGCAGGGCGCCGCCCUCGCCAAGAAGCUGACCAUCGACAACGCGCACGAGCGCCGCGUGAGCGGCAUGGUGACGCCGGGCCGCGGUUCGCCGCUCCGCCACAGCACAAGCGCCGCGGAUGAGCUCGCCGACAUGUACUGUAGAGGACAGACAUUCGAAGACCUGAUUGGGCUUGUUGAAGAGGCUACGGAGGAGUGGUUGGCCGAGUCCGCUUGUCUGUUUCGAGAAUGA